CAGCCAGGAACAGCUGAGUGAGCACAGGUUCAGUGUACAGCUGUCUGACAGCUUCUCCACUUCAGCUGUGUCCCACACUGUCACCAACGUUUAGCAAACAUCAUGUCAUUCAUUCUUAUGAAGAAGAAGAGAUUUAAAUUUAAAGUAGACUUCGACUUGGAGGAGCUGUCAUCGGUUCCCUUCGUGAACGGAGUUUUAUUCUGUAAAGUCAGACUCUUAGAUGGAGGCUUUGCCGAACAGUCGACUCGGGAGCCAGUCCAAGCCAACUGUGUACACUGGAAGAAGAGAUUCUCUUUUAUGUGUAAGAUGAGUGCCAAUGUUGGGACAGGUGUACUAGACCCCUGUGUGUGCCGGGUGUCUGUGCGCAAGGAGUUGAAGGGUGGAAAAACGUUUGCAAAGCUGGGCUUUGCUGACUUGAACUUGUCAGAGUUUGCUGGGUCUGGCAGCACUACACGACGGUGUCUCUUAGAGGGAUAUGACACAAAGAACACCAGACAGGACAACUCAAUUCUCAAGGUUGUCAUCACCAUGCAACUUAUGUCUGGGGACCCCUGUUUUAAAACUCCUCCAUCUACAUCCAUGACUCUGGGACUCCCACAGGCCGAAUCAGAGUGUCUCCUUGAGGACAGAAAGGGAGGGGUCAUGCACAUAUCCCAUUCACUCACCCAGACUCAAGGGAAAUCAGUAUCAGUCCCAGACGAGCUGGUCGUGUAUGGUCACUCCAGAACAUCCAGCUAUGCAAGUCAGCAGUCAAAAAUCUCAGGUUACAGCUCAAAUCACUCCAGUUUAACAGAUCUGAGCCAUCGGCGGAGCGCGUCAGGAGGAUCUGCCUCCACAGGCAUUGGCAGCAUCCUCGAACCCAGUGAUCAACAGGUAGAGAGAGGAGAGAGGGAGAGCAGGUCCACUCCACCAGUCUCUGCAACCUGUCACCAUGCACCUGAACACCCCUCUACCCCAGCCAGGGUUCCAAGACAUCCCGUUAAACAGAACUCAAUGGAGAAUCAGUUGAAGAGAGUCGAUGCCACCAGGGUGGAUGCUGAUGACAUAAUAGAGAAAAUCCUGCAGAGCCAGGAUUUCAGCCACAGCUUCUUGGACUCCAGUGCAGAGGAGGAGGGGCUCAGCUUGUUUGUUGGUCCUGGUGGGAGUACAGCUUUGGGAAGCCAGCACACAAGGGUUGCAGCUGGAGCCUUUGAGCAGGUGGUGAUCAAGCGCUAGGCUUUGGGAAGCAAAUGUCUGACAUAAAGAGUGCCAUGUUACACUGAUGCUGGGAACACAAGACUUAGUUGUGGAGGUGCCAUCAGAACUUGCUCCCGCCUCACUCCAGGAGAUUUAAUUUCUCUAAAGGAUCCCUCUGCAUCUGUCCUACAACCAGGAAGCCAGGAGAGCCCUCUAGUGUUCAAGAAGUGGAGUUGAAGGCUACGUUAUUGGAACAUUAAGAUGACUGAAGUAACUGACUUACUGAUAUAUUUGUUAGUCUUCUUGUGCUCUAUAAAAAUGUGAGACAAGAGAUUAGAACUGUAAUUCCUCUGUUCACACCUUUUUUGUCAAGGAGCGUAGGGUUUUUUUCCCUGUUAUUUAAAGAGUACAUUAAAAUAUCCAACAUAGUUUUCUUUGGUACAAUUUAGUUUUUGUUUCACCAUUUUACUAUGUUAGUUUUAUUUCUAAAAAAAAAAAAAGAAGAGUGGGUUGUGAUUGAAUUAUUGCAUCUGACAUCAGGUACAAAAAUGUUUCACCUAAACCAGACUAAAUAUACUUUAUCAGACAUAAUGUCAAAAAGUUUGAACCGUUGUUGUCCUCUUAAAAGCAGAGACAUUGCUAAUUAGAUUCUGUGAGCAGAAUGUUAUGUAAGAUGAGUAUGACAGGUUGUAACUUAUCACCUUCUCUCUGUGUGAUAAUUGAUAAUACGAUAAGUGGCCGGAGGGGCAGUGUCCACCCCUGCAGUCUCAUAUAUCUAAAGUAGUAGAAAACUAACUAACUAGUGUGGGAAUUGUGUACACUGGUUACAGCACCAUUGUCGAUAAGUAGCUCGUCAAGAUAAACACCUUCACCUGGUUGUGAGGGAGGAUAACUGUAUUUAAAAUACCAUGAAGUCUUUAUGUUUUGUUCCUUUGUAUGAUAUGUGAUAUCUAUUUUGUGUGUGCGUGUGCAUGUGUUGUCUGUAAAAUCUAAUUAUUUUUACCACAGUUUUUGUAAAUGUGCCAAACUUAGUAAACUGUAUAUUUGUUGUCACUUAAGAUUUCCUAUCUGUAGUAUGUAAGCUAUGGUAUAUGUAAUGAAAGUAAGCUGUGUAAAGCUCAUGAUGUUUUUAAGAGAUAUCUAUAUUUCAUUUUUAAGAUGCUGGAUGUUGAUGGUGUAUUUAUGGCCGAAACUUUUAAUAAAAAAGACAGGCACUAUGGA